GGAGGCUCUAGAAGAGCUAGCAGCUUUCGGCUACGCCACGAGCACUGUGGACGAUUUGAUGCAAAGGUACUUUCACAAACAUUUUCUGGAUGUCCUUGGAGUUUGCGAAGACCUUGAAGAACUCUUUGUGGAGAGGGAACUGGACUUCGUUGAGAAGCAAGUGAAGUGCCAGAUGAGGGCGGCGACAUCGAAGGAAGAUGUGCUGCGCCUUGCUGAGAGUUGGCAAGAAUCGUUUCGGGUGGGCGGUUCGGUCCGGCAAAAGGAGGCCUUCCAGCUUGCAACCCGAAUGAUUUCAGAAGAGGCGACAAUGAUCAUCAACCGACCGAAGGAGUUGGUCCAGCGGGCAACAACUUAUACCUGGCUGCACAAGUUGGGUCUCACUCUGGACACACAACAUCUGCAGUAUAUGUCGUUGGGGGAUGCUUUGAAAGAUGUGGAGGCCGACCCCCUCUUUGCUGCAGCGAUACGACCCGAGGAUGUCUUCUUCCUCGCUCAGGAGCAAUUGAGACAACCCGCUGAGCCAGCACUUUGCCGUCACGCAGAUGUGAAGAAGUUGAUCAGCGAGCAAGCUGAGGCUUUUCAACAGGCUGCCUUCAAGGAGAGAUGCCGCAGGUAUCAUUUGGAGGUGUGUCGCUUGCUGGCACCACUCGGCAGGGACCCGGCGUCUGUUUGGAUGAUUUGCGAGGAGUUCUUGCGCGUGGAGAAUCCUGAAUCCAAUGGUGAAGCCUUUAGCAAGUUCUUGCAGGGUGCUUUGCAGGUGUGUUCUAGCGGGGAAGAGCUUGCAGCCAUAGAAGAAGUGAACGUUUUGGCCCAGGGCAUCGGAAUUUCUGAGAGUCGCCUGAGCGCGGUCUUCCGGGAGCAGUUGCAGUUUUCAAUCGAGCACUUUUGCAGUUCGGUUGUUGAGGCAGCUUUUGGAGAGCUUCAGGUGAUGCUCUUUUCAGAUUGCAAGUUGCAACUUCAUGAUAAGUUGAAGGAGCUGGGUGUAGAUGUUUUGGCUGUGAAGCCCAAUCACAGUUGGGGCGCAGACAAAGCCUGGAACAUUGCGUUGCGCUCCUCCACGGCUUUACAGACGGUACUAAAGCAUCAAGCCACCUUCAAACCCUUUCAGAAGAUGGGCCUGCAAUUGCCUCCAAUCAAGUGGGUGUCGAAAUUCAGCAACAAAGCUUUGGAGUGCUGGAAGGACCAUGUUUGCCGAUCUUCUUCAGAGGAAGAUGUCAUUGAGUACAAAGACACUUUUGAGCAAGCAGUGGCGUGCCUCUACGAAAGAGGCAACUCUUUCUCAGCCGCAGGUGAAGAGAUUGAGGUUCGAGUGCGCUUCUCACUCGUCCUUUUCCCAGUGAGGUUCGAGUUGUCUCCAGAUUUGCUUCACAAGAUUUGUCCGAGAUUGCAGUUUCAUGCUGAUUCGCCAAUGGCGCUU